GUGAAAGGUGAGACCGCAUCUGUGUCUAUGUCCUUUAGAGACGACUGCUGGAGUUGGUGUAUAGCUGUAACUACCAACUGGUGUCUAUUGUGAAAUUAUGAAGUGGGAAGUACAGGAUUAUAUAAAUUCGCCUACCAUCAUGGGAGUCUCUGCGCCAUUUCCCAAAGAACUACGCCUUCUGUCCUUUGGAUGAAACCGGCAAUGACUGGAGUAUUAGGAAAUAUACACAAACAGACUCCGAAAUAUAUUUGAUAUUUUCAGUGGUGCUAUGAAGAUGAUGAGAUGCAGAUUUUUGUGGAGGGUUGUAAUGAUGUGUGGGGCUAUGUACGUCAUAUGCGUCUACCAUUUGACCACAUAUCCUGGAAAAUUGGUACGGGUGUCACCGAAGCCUAACCCAAUGAAAGUUGGAUGGUUAAAGAAAGUUCGCUGGACACCUGGAACCUUAAAAGUUGAUAUCUACGACUACUCGAUAAAUCCUGUGAAUACGUGUAAGACAAAUGAUAGGAGGAACACCACAUUACUCAUCCUGAUAAAGUCAGCACCAUCGCAUAGGUCACGCAGGCAAGCUAUUCGUGAGACAUAUAUCAGCGACAUUAAAAGAAACAACAUGUCUGUCAGGGUUUUAUUUAUAUUAGGAAAUACCAAGUACGAACGUGAGCGAGAACUCAUUAAAACAGAGGCUGAUGAACAGAAGGAUAUUUUGCAGGCAGACUUCAAUGAUCAUUACUAUAACCUGACUAUUAAGCUCAUUAUGGGUUUCAAGUGGGUCACCAACUUCUGUAGGAAUAGUGAAUUCGUGAUGUCGAUCGAUGAUGACGUGAUGCUCGAUAUUUUCACACUUUUUGAGGAUUUACAAACUUUCAAGGGGAAGAAUCGGACAAACUUCUGCUUGGCUAAACCGAAUACUUGGCCACCUGACCGGAAAGAAGACAGUAAAUGGUACUGUCCGAAGGCGAUAUACCCAUAUGAAGCUUUUCCUGUGUCACCUUACGGGCAUGGAUACGUUCUUUCGCAGGACGUCGUACGGAAACUCUACGAUGCCUCAAAGACAUUGCUACCGGUAGUGCCUUUUGAUGACGUCUACUGCGGUAUGCUAAUGAACGUGAAAAGCAUCGGUAUUAUCGACAGACAGAAAUUUCAUAAAAAACGUCACCCAGAUAGCAAGGCAGGUGACUAUUUAAGAUUAGAGUUAAAUACAUUCGAAAUGAAAAGGGCCUGGGAAGACUUCGAGGGAUUCUUUAAGAAAAGGAGACCCGACCGAUAUGAAAGGCUGAGAAAACCAUCAUCGGUCACUGUCCCAUUAUUAUUAUUAUUUUCAGUAUUAGUUAUAAUUAUCAUCUUGUGUAGUGUACUUUCUAAUUGUGAUUGAUGUCCUAAGCAUAGGGGCAGUUGUAUUGAGAUCAGAUCUUUUGUAAUGUGGAGAUUUCUCUACUGGUCCAGGGUCAAACCAUUCUCAAGAAACAAAUGUCCACCAUGAAAGAUUACUGUUAUCUCCCAUCUGGUAUACCCGCCGCUGGUUCAUUAUCCAUACCUAUUGCUUGCCAAGUGUUGAGUAUGCAGUUCUGGUAAAAUCAUGUACCAAUGAACCCUAGGUGUGGUUCAUCACCAGGGUUACUUUAAGGUUAUGUUCUUCUUAAUGAAAUUUUAGGAAUUAUAGUGAAUGACAGCAAGUGGUAAAGACAAUCCUGCAGCCAGAUCGCAUCGUAAUGAACUCAAAAUGCAUCUCAAAGACUAUAUACUGAAGGCUUAGCACCCGCCUUGAAAUAUCUAAGCAGUUGCAGCUGAUGACAGUAGUUGGUAAAGGAAGUUUUAGAACCUGAUACAACGUCUCGGUAGUUCUUCUAGGUGGACUCGAAAUGCAGCUCAAUGACUCGACAGAAGAACUGUGGAACUAUAAGCACCGAUCAUCUCCUGCUUGAAAACCCCUUUGAGGGGGUUGAUGACGGCAGCAGCAGAUAUUCCGUUUCACAGCUUGAUAGUGUUCUGAUAGUUGUUGCAAAUGAACAUGAAAUGCCACUCCCAACCAGGCCGAAGAACAGCAGAGCUGAGCAAUAUACACUACGAAUCCUGCCCGAAGAUCUUUAAAGGAGUUUGAUGACAGCAGGUGAUGAGGUUUUCGCACCCUCAUAGCGCCUUGAUGAAUUUCGCAGUGUGUGAGUACUGGCAUAAGUUACAUGGUACUCGCUUAGAUUUGUUUAAAAAAAGUGUUGAAGAAACAGAUGAUUUGGGAUGAAUGUUUGGAAAUUAAUGAGCCAUUUCAUGAAAUUCAUAAUAUGUGUAUGUUUUCCGCCGUUAUGCAGUUUCGCAUGAAUUCUUGCCUUUCUGGUUACUUCAUGAAAUUGUGCUAUCGCUACUGAGAAACAUCUAUCGUUGAAAUGAACUAUAUCUUGAAAAGAUGCUGACAUUGGAUGAAUAGGGAUAAGUGUAAAUUCGGAAAUAAUCAAACAAUAAAUGAAUAGUCAUGGUUUAUUUCUAUGCCAUUAUACUUUUCGUGAAUAAUUCGGAUCUACAUGCCAUUAUCCAGUAUCCAGUAUUUGUGGGGGCUUCGUGGUCUAGUGGUGAUGACUAUCGUCUUUCAAUCUGAGGGACGUUGGUUCGAUUCCCAGCCAUGGCGUGUUUUCCUUCAGCAAGAAAUCUACCCACAUUGUGCUGCACUCGACCCAGGUGAGGUGAAUGUGUCCCCGGCAGGAAGAAAUCCCUUGAAUGCUUUAGCACCUUUAUGGCAGCACAGCUAAAGCCGGCGUAGGUCCUUAUAAUAGCAGCGCUUUGUAUCCUCAAGCAAAAAGCGCUUUAUAAAUCCAGCUAUUAUUAUUGUCAUUAGUAUCAUCCUCCUUGCAAAGUAAAAAAAAUGUACUGAUUGAUAAUCUUGGAAGGAGAAUGAUGGGAUGGCCCUCAUGGACCACCGUGGUAAAUUGCAAUUUCGUCUACUCCCAACUCGUCCACUCACCACAUAGUCUACCUUCAUUUAGUCUAAUGCCAUUCCCUCCAUCAAAAUUUCGUCUCGCAAGCAUUUGGUCCAAUCAUCACUUCGUCUAAUUACCAUUUCGUCUCAUGACCAGUUGGUCUAAUAUCCACUUAAUUUUCAUUCAUUUUGCACAAUUAACACUAAUAGUCCAAUUAGACCAUAUGGUAUACGGACAAAAUGGCUAAUGGACCAACUGGUUAUUAGAUGAAGUGUUUAGUGGACGAAUUUGCUAUUAGAGCAUGUGGAUAGUGGACGAAAUGAUGGUAGACCAAAUGAUAGUAGACGAGUUGGUGAUUGGACAAAAUAGACGAAUUGAUAAUAAACCAACACCGCCCGUAUCGCUGGGAUGUGAAAUAUUUUUUGUACUUCACCACCUCCAGGUUUUUCUGUAUUGCUUGACGAUUUGGGCUAGAUGUUCCUUGGAUAACAACCAUAAUAUCAAAUGAUAUCCACAUCAAUAGGUCAUAACAUGUAUAAUACUUAAGACAUGAGUGUAAGGUUUAUUUUCAUUUGGUCCAAUAGCCAUUUCGUCCACUCACCAGUUCGUCUAAUAACCAGUUGGUCCAAUAGCCAAUUUAGUCCAUAUACCAUUUGAUCUAUUUAGACUAAGUGUUAAUUGGGCACAAUGAAUAAAAAUUUAAAGAAUAUUAAACCAACUGGUUAUGAGACGAAGUGGUCAUAGACCAACUGGUGAUUAGACGAAGUGUUGGUUGGACCACAUGGUUAUUGGACCAAAUGGUUGUUAGACGAAAUGUUGAUGGACGGAAUGGCAUUAGACUAGAUGAAGGUAGACCAUGUGGCGAGUGGAUGAGGUGGCAGUGGACGAAUUGGCAAUUUACCGAGCGUAAUAUUCAAAGGAUAUUCAGAAAAAUAGAAACUGAUUGCAAAUAUAAAUGGGUCAAAUCAGGAAACAUCAUUUUAAUCUAACAUGUGUAUUAUUCCCCUAUGUCCUCUUUCAAACAUUUAAAGCAUAGAAUGUGGAUAGAUCAAUUCGAAAUGACCCUAAAUUGGCCUCUGAUACUUGACCCCUGAAAAUUAUUUCCCAGAUUUUGUAGUACGACAAAUUUAUCGAAAAGAAAUAUUACUUUUGUACAUAAUUGCUCUGAAAUUAUUGGGAUGUACUUAUCGUAAAGACAUAAAAACACGCUAAAGGUGUCAGCGUACUGAUGUCAAUCACUAAAAGUAGUCGUUGAUUUUGUUCCAUUUGGAAUGAUGAUUUUCGAACAAUCUUGCGUAUUUCAGUGGUUAAUAAAUACAUGAAUAUAGUAAAAAAAAAUAUUGUGUGUGGGAAGGAAGUGGUGCAUUUUUAGUAUGCGUAAUUUGUAGGAUUUUUUGUUUAAAUUCAAAGGAAGUGUUGUAUUUUUAUUUACGAAAUGACCAGAAAAUUUCGGUCAUUAAUGGAUUUCAAAGGUUCUUUUUAAUGUAAUUUUGCCUUUCCAAAGAAAAAAAUCAGAGACUUUUAGAGGCCUGCAUUAUAUGUGCCUUCAGUAAUAU